AUGUCGGACAUUGCUAUGAAGAACGAGGUGAAGCCGGAGAUCAAGCAGGAUGGCGGCUCGCCGUCCAAGCUCGAUAGCAUCGAAGCCUUUGAGGAUGAUCACGACCUGCACAUUCCACCCACAGACCCACCCAUACCGGCAUGGCUGGUGAAGCUAUCGCAGGAUCACUGGAAGGCAUGGAACGACAUACAUGCAAACGCACCCUACGGGCAGAGAAUCGAAGUGGGCAUGAUGCGCGUGUACGACACCAAGCCCGGCGAGCAGGAGAAAGUACAAAUCCGCCUCAACGAUAUCCACCCGCAGCAUCGCGCACUGCCCAAAGUGUACAACCUCGACAUCAAGAACACCGGCCAUAAGAAUACGAUUGUCUUUAGCGAGAAGGAUCUGCCAGGCCACCGCUCCGCCCCAUUCGGCAGCACGCGCACACAAAACCACCUUCCCGCCGGGAAGCCCACCGGCAUUCCCUCAAAGGGCGACCGCUAUGGUCCGAAGAAGCCGGGUUCAUAUCGCACCGCAAUCCCCAAACAGACCGCACUGGCGCCGCCCAUCGCACAUGAAGCCGUGGCAAACCCCGUGGACGACGACUCCUCCCUCGACUUCUUCAAGCAAUCCUACACUGCCGCCCUCAACGGAGCCAACAAGGCCACGUUUUCCAACUCUGUGCGCGGAAUCUCAUGGCAUCCUGGCUCUGUUGGCCCUAACUUGGCCUUCGGCACCAUGACAUCCAAGCCGGGCAAGAGCAAGAACAACAAGAAGCCGGUCAAGGACAAGGCUGUACGCAUGGAGAAGGUGCAGCUGCUGGACGCCAUUCAGAAUUGCUUCCGCGAGUAUCAGUACUGGUCUUCAAAAGCAUUGCGUACGCGUUUACAACAACCCGAGGCGUAUAUCAAAGAAACGCUCGAGGAGAUUGCCGUGCUUGUCAAGAGCGGUGAUUUCGUGUCGACCUACAAGCUCAAGCCAGACUACCAGAGACUCAAUGACUUGCAGGCUGGUGCCGUCAAGGAUGAGAUGGCGCCUGUUGAAGACUCGGACGAUGGCACAGGCGAUGAAUUGGGCGACGACGACGAUGACAUGGGUUUCGAGGACGUGGAGAUGAAGUCCCAGUAG